AUGUCUGCGGCACAGAGUGGAGCAACGGUUGAACAUCAACAGGCACAAACUGUGCCAGUUGCACAACCAACUGACAUGUAUAUCCAACCGUAUUUGAAGAAAUUAAUACCAGAAUUGGAUGGGCUAAGUAAGUUACAAGAGGCUGAGAAGAGAAUUGACAUAUAUUUAAGUCGUAAAAAAAUUGAUUUGCAUCAGAAUAUUACUCAAUGGACUCAUUCCAAAUACACAGAUCCUGCGAAUAAUCAGUUUGUUCGUGUUUUCAUUUCUAAUAUUUCUGAGAACCAGCCAUGGCAGACGAACGAUGAGACCAUGGAACUUGAUCAAGCAUCAUGGACAUUGCGUAUUGAAGGUAGACUGUUAGAUAAUGGGAAGGCAGACGAUCCAAAUAGGCCUAAAUUUUCCUCCUUUAUAGAAAGCGUCGCGAUAGAUUUCAAACCUGUAGAGGAAGAUCAAGAUGAUGAAACUGAUCAAGAAAUGGGAGACCCCUUAUUAGAAGGGACACAGGAACCUAGUGCUAAAAAGCCAAAAAAUGAGCAAACCGUUUUUGAAUGGCAUGUGGAUCCUAAUACUCCUGUAGAGUUUGACGGUGUUGAUGUUUCACGUAAGGGUACUGAAAACGUUAACUGUACCAUCACUAUCCAACCAAAAGGGUAUACAGGGGAGUUCUUACAGUAUUCACCAGAACUAUCAUGUAUUGUCGGAUUCUCAAAAGGAACCUUUCAUGAGGCGAUAUACUCUCUUUACAAAUAUAUUCUAUUAAACAGUCUAUUGACGAAUAACGACGAGGCGGGACCAAAGGAUUCCACAAACGGUGAGAAAGUCUUAGUGAAAAUGGAUGCUUCAUUAGCAAAGCUAGUGUCUCCAGAAAGGCUUGCCGCAGGCAUUGUUUCUUUGAAGCUCGCCGAUUUGCCAAGUCUAGUGAAAGAUCAUGUAAAACCGAUACCUCCAAUAAGACUUGACUAUACUAUUCGUGUAGAUCAGUCUUCCACUUUCGGAGAUUUGGUAUUUGACAUGGAAGUACCUAAAUCAACGUCAGUUAAAGGCGACCAAAAGUUGUCAAAGGAUGAAUUAUUGCUAUUGAAUGAAUACAAUACGCUAUCAACUGCAAUCGAACCACAAAUACAAGAACUAAAUCAGAAAACACAACUAUUACAACUACAACUAAAUUCAAGCGCAAAGAAAUACCAAUUUUUUGAUAAACUAGCUAAGGAUCCAGUUCCAAUGCUACAAGAUUACAUGGAAUCGUCAUCGCAGGCUCUCAAAGUGUUAUCAGGGGAUGCUGGCUUCAAUGAAGAUACAGUGAGAAGAUCACAAUUCUACCAGGACAACGAUUCAAUUCUUUUUGAAAACAUUGGAGUUCUACUUUCAAGCGGAAGAAUGAAAUAA